UAAAACAGAGUAGUACCGUACACUCCUUCGCCUUCUACUGAAUCUCAGCCCAGCUCCACGGCGAAGCAAUGUCAGCGGGGAAGCCACCCCAGCCGGCGUCCUCAUCCUCGCAUUCUGGGCCCAUGUGCUCUCUCCAAAGCUCCCUCCUCACCCUCGCCAUCCUAACCCUCCUGUCCUUCACUUACUUCUCCCUCAACUCCCCUCUCUCUUCCUCCCCCACCCCUCAGGUCUCCGUUGCUAAACUGCUUAUUGACAAUGACAAAGCGUGUCAACAAGCGGUGAGCGACGGCGUGGACGAGGAGGAGUUCUCGGAUAUUUACCAUUCGCCGAGCGUUUUCCGCUUGAACUAUGCCGAGAUGGAGCGGAGAUUCAAGGUGUACAUAUACCCCGACGGCGAUCCCAACACGUUCUACCAGACGCCAAGGAAGCUCACCGGGAAGUACGCCAGCGAGGGCUACUUCUUCCAGAACAUUCGCGAGAGUCGCUUCCGCACCGACGAUCCCAACCGGGCUCACCUCUUCUUCAUCCCGAUCUCCUGCCACAAGAUGCGGGGCAAGGGAACUUCUUAUGAGAAUAUGACCAUAAUUGUCCAGAAUUAUGUGCAAAGCUUAAUCUCCAAAUAUCCUUACUGGAAUCGGACCUUGGGUGCGGAUCAUUUUUUUGUCACUUGUCAUGAUGUUGGUGUUAGGGCAACCGAAGGAGUUGAACUACUGGUAAAGAAUUCAAUUCGGGUUGUGUGCUCCCCAAGCUAUGAUGUUGGAUUCAUUCCACACAAAGAUGUUGCUCUUCCUCAAGUAUUGCAGCCAUUUGCUCUUCCAGCUGGAGGAAAUGAUCUUGAAAAUAGGACAACACUUGGUUUUUGGGCUGGACAUCGGAACUCUAAAAUUAGAGUUAUACUAGCACGAGUUUGGGAGAAUGACACAGAACUUGAUAUUUCAAACAACAGAAUAAAUAGGGCUAUGGGACCACUCCUAUAUCAAAAGAGGUUUUAUAGGACUAAAUUCUGCAUAUGCCCUGGUGGUUCCCAGGUCAACAGUGCUCGCAUAGCUGAUUCAAUCCAUUAUGGAUGUGUUCCUGUGAUAUUAUCGAAUUAUUACGACCUGCCAUUCAAUGACAUUCUUGAUUGGCAUAAAUUUGCCGUUGUGCUUAAGGAGAAUGAUGUGUACCAGCUCAAACAAAUUCUCAAGGACAUACCUGAUGCUGAGUUUGUUGCACUCCAUAAGAGUUUGGUUAAGGUUCAGAAGCAUUUCCAAUGGAACUCGCCACCCAUCAAAUAUGAUGCAUUCCAUAUGAUCAUGUAUGAACUUUGGCUGCGCCACCAUGGCAUCAAAUAUUGAUUUGUUUAUUUAAACAAAUCUACUUCUUGUACAUUUACUGGCUAGUAACCCAUCAGCUUGUAAAUCGUCUUAUACAGUUCUCUCAUCUUCCCUAAUUAACUUAUGAUGAAGGGAAGUAAAGUUACAAGUUCCCAGAGGCAGAGGGUCAUUAUUUGUUCUUUAAAAUCCGGUUCCCACUAUUACUUU